UCACUUGCAUCAUUGGUGACCAAUAUUAAAGUCGGCUGGUAAAGAAAAUUCUAAUGUUUUCCGUGGGUUGAAUUCUAGAAAUUUGUAGCACUUUGUUUUCCUGAUCAACGUAAACAGGGGUGAUGUAUCUCUUAUUAUUCCACUGGCCUUUCGUGGAAACUCCGUAUAAUACUUGUCACUUUUACUCCAUGGAGAUUUCUAUUUUCUUUGUUUCAAUACAUGUUUACAAAGUACUUUCGCCAACAGUUUUCUCUAGCGCUCAGAAGGACCCUUUUCUAAAGAUGAAGGGGGGAAGUUGGCGACUGUUGGAACGUUUCAAGAGAGGGGUCCCUAAGAUCCUUCAGAAUCUCGUUUUGUAGGAAAAGCUGCAAUACAAUGUCAUUAAGAAAGGCACAUAUUUUAAAUAGAAAAUGAAAAAAGGCUCCGGUCACUUUUUUCUCUGCGUCUUAAUACCCUGAAAAGUACCAGGACAAUCUAAAAUAGUAACCAUGUGAAAGGCUUCAUUUGAGUUUGAACCCCAGAUGUCCCCCCCCCGGAACUCUGAGUUGCGUAAGGCUCGCUUAAUGUAUUCAGCUUGAUUGAUAUUGUGGCUGCGAUUUUCGAGUACCUGGGCGUUGCUGUAAUGUCUUGAAAUAAAGCGCCUUGAUAUUGGUUCCCCGCUGUUUGGAGUAAAUAGGCAACCGACGCAUUUUAUUUAAUCAGUUGCGUUAGAGCCGUUCAACAGUGAAGUAUCUUUUGUUUGCUGAGUUUUGAGAAGGAGAGCUUAAAACAUGCGUCAAAGAGGAACCAUAUUUCAAGAAGAUUCAUUAGUGCCUUUCCAAUACGAUGAGCAACCGCUCACAAUGAGGGACAUGGACGCGGUGAAAGGCUGCGAUUUUAAUUUUAAAUACGGCCAAAAAUCCGCUUGGGAUUAUAACGAUGAUCUGGCAGCUAUCGAUUUCAGCAUGAUGCAAAGCCCUAAGGAAAACCGCCAUAGGAGGAGAAAACGGAGAAAGUACCCCAAGUUUAGAUUUGUUCCUAGUCUGGAGGACAUCAAGGAGAAUGAACUAUUUGAAACACAGGCGGAAAAUUUGAAGAAACUGGAGAAAGAUCUCGCCGCGGUUCACGAGGAGCGCGCUCUGAAUCGUGGGAUGGCUGUGGUUAAGGAUGAAGGUCGGCGGCGAGAUCGCCGUAAAGGACGCUCUAGAAGUUUCAAAGGAAAAAUUUAAUCGAAAGAGAAGAUGACGGUCUUGUCUCUAAUAAAUCAAACCCAACUUACGAGCGCAAAACGUGGAUCAGUCCCGCAACCUCGUCCAAGAAAUCCGCGAGGCACGCCGGGGCCAGGGAACGAGCAACCGUUAAACUGAAGCUUGCUACACCAUGCCAAAACUCGGCAAAUGGAAAGAAUUCGAAAGAUUUCAAGCCAGAGUAAAAGAGAACUUAUGGAAUGGCUGCCAUGAUUUAUCGGGCAGGGAAAUAACCAAUUAAGUUGAAGGGUAUUCAAUGAAUGUAACUUUCUACCUAUUUUUUGAAUCAGUGUAACUAUUUCAAAAAACCUCCUAGUGGAAAUGGUAGCAGAAACAACCGCCUGAUGAAAACUCAACAGUUGUUUAAUUGUAGAUCAAAGUAUAGAAUUUCACUUGUCGACCCGCUAUUUACUCUGAGACCGAACUGAUCGAGUUCAUCAAGGAAACCCUUGAGGGCGCGCUUCAGUACUUUGUAAAUAUAUUACAGAGCCAGCUGUUCACGCCUAUUAAGAGCUGGGCGUUUUGAAAAGUUCUGUUUCAAGUCAGUUGCGAUAUUGCGUUUAUCAGAAUUUGAGUGUGAUGCCUAUAAACUAGCCGCUUGUCUGUAAAAGUGAUAGUUAAAUGCAACAGUCCAUUAUAAAUUUCUCAUAUUUACGUUAAACGUAUGCGGUUGGAAUAAAUAUGCAACAUUGCAA